AAAAACAAAAAUUCUCCCUCAUAAUGAACACAGAUCCCUCCCUAUAAAAUUCUCUCUCCCAUUUCAAUCUUCUUCUCCCUCCUCUCAACCUUCAUUCAUUCUUCCUGUUGAAUAUUAGCUUUUCUGCUUAAUCCAUGAUGGAAGGUAGUGGAUCCUUAAAUGGUUCUCUACUCCCUCCAGGCUUCCGAUUCCACCCCACAGAUCAAGAGCUUAUCAUCCAUUACCUGAGGAAGAAGAUAACUUCAUCCCUCCCUCCAUCUUAUUCCAUUAUUGCAGAAAUCGAUCUCUACAAGUUCAACCCCUGGGAGCUUCCCGAAAAAGCGGUUUUUGGUGAGGGUGAAUGGUUCUUCUUCAGCCCAAGAGAUCGCAAGUACCCGAAUGGACUCCGGCCAAACCGUGCGGCGGCCUGUGGAUACUGGAAGGCGACGGGAACUGAUAAGCCUAUAUUGGCCGCUAAUGGAAACCAUUGCCUCGGCGUUAAGAAAGCUCUUGUGUUUUACCAAGGCCGGCCUCCUAAAGGAAGCAAGACUGAUUGGAUCAUGCAUGAAUAUCGUCUACUUGAUCAGUCCAAUACCUCUAUGCAGCAAAAGCAUAAAGGCACCAUGCGACUGGACGACUGGGUUCUCUGCCGUGUCAGGCAUAAGGGCAGCCUCCUGCCGCAAAACGAUGAGAAACCGUCGCCAUCACCAUCGCCUCCACCGCCCGUAACAUCGGUCUUCAUCAAAUCUCCGGCACAGCACGAAUUAAGGCAGCAGAGUGCCGGAAAAGAAAGAAACAGCCUUUUUGAGUUAAGCGAUUUCCAGCUUAUGGGCUAUCUCAUGGGCUGUGCUUCCCAGGCCGAGAGCGCCGGUGAAAACUCCGAGCUUGCUCACUGCAGCAGUUUCUUCAUCGGAGAACAUGAACAGCCUGAGCUUGUUUCCUCCAUGCUGGGUUCCAUUAAAAGGAAGCUGUCUUUUGGGGCACUCGAUGAGCUCAUGAUGCUUCCUCCAGGCAAGAGGAUGCACUAUUUUGCCUCCGGCGACCAGCUCUCUCCGACGGAGGAGUCCUACUCGGAUGAUCAAGGAUGUCUCGAGUUCCUAAUAUGAUAUAAAGUCUGUGCCUUUAUUAUUUAUAUAUAUAGCUCUGUAUAUGUUCUGUACUGAAUUCGCAUCUGAAACACCAUUAUCUGAAUCCAGUACAGAGGAAAUACAGAGCUGAUGAUGUAACUGUAUUGCCCUCUCUGGCGCAUUGCCAUCGUUGUUUGAUUUGUUUGCUUUGUUAUUUUAGUUUUUUUUUUUUUUCUUAGAAUUUGUUUAACAGCAAGACGUUGUAGAAAUAUUGUUCUUAGUUAAAUAAAGGAAGAAGACAGAACAGAAAUGACUGUUCUGUAUGCACCUGCUCUCAAGCUGUAGAAAGAGUGGGGAGGAAAUUGUAUUAUUC